CAAGCCAUAUAGUUCCUCUAGUCUUCUGACUUCCGAGUCGAGAGCAGUGAAUGUCUCAGAGAAAUCCCAAAACAGCUUUCCGAUGAGCAAUUUCUGCUGCAUUUCUCACAUAUUCACCGACGCAGCCUCCCCAAACCCUCACAAAGCCGCCGUCAUCCAUUCCGCGGCGAGGUUUAUCUCGGAUUCUCCUCAACCUCCUCCUUCCCCUGUUCACGACGGCGACACAGUUUUCACCUUCGCCGAACUAUCUUCAUCCAUCGAUUCUCUCAGCUUCCGUCUCCGUCGCAUCCUCCUCGAUGUUCCUGGCCACAACAACGACCCUCACCUCAUCACACCACCACCACCAACAAAACAACCUCCAGGCAUUACUACUACAGAUAAGCUCGAAGAAGCUGAGUCAUCAGAUGUAUACACCCCAAAGGUGUUGGCCUUAUACAUGCCGCCUUCGGUCGAAUACAUAAUCUCUGUGCUUUCUGUUUUGAGGAUCGGAGAAGCCUUUUUGCCUUUAGAUCCUUCUUGGCCGAGAGAUAGAGUCUUGUCUAUUGUUUCCUCUUCGAAUGUCUCUCUUGUUAUCGCCUGCGGCUCUUCUUUCGAUCAGUUCGGGUGUGCGCCGCUUCGCAGAUCGCAUUGGCUUGUUCAAAGCAGCAGCGCCGCCCUCCCUGUGCUGUUCUUUUCCAUGAGUGAGAGGUUGAGUGAUGUAACUGCUCCCCCCUCGAGCCUUGUUUGGCCUUGCGAGAAAGAGAAGCAAAGGAAGUUUUGUUAUCUCAUGUACACUUCCGGAUCUACUGGAAAGCCUAAAGGAAUAUGUGGCACUGAGCAAGGACUUUUAAACCGUUUCAAGUGGAUGCAAGAGCACUAUCCCGUUGUUGGAGAGCAGCGAUUCGCUUUCAAGACUUCAGUUGGUUUUAUUGAUCAUUUGCAGGAGUUUCUUGGUGCUACUCUCAGUUCCACCCCAUUAGUCAUUCCUCCAUUUACUCUCCUAAAAGACAAUCUGAUAUCCAUCCUUGGUUUUCUCGAGGCGUAUUCUAUCAGUAGGCUCGUAGCUGUCCCAUCGAUGAUCAGAGCUAUUCUACCUACUUUACAACAUCGUGGACAUAAUAAGCUCAAAAGUUGCCUGAAGCUGGUAGUUUUAAGCGGAGAGCCGUUUCCUGUGAGCAUGUGGGAUUCACUUCACAAGUUACUUCCGGAAACAUGUUUUCUGAACCUAUAUGGGAGUACAGAGGUAUCAGGGGACUGCACUUAUUUUGACUGCAGUGGGUUGCCAAAACUCUUAGAGACCGAGAACAUUGGUAGUGUUCCUAUUGGCAAGCCGAUUUCCAAUUGCAAAAUUUUACUUCUUGGUGAUGAAGAUAAACCCUCUGAGGGAGAAAUAUGUGUUGGUGGUCUCUGUCUUUCGCAAGGAUACCUACAUUCCUCGGUAGACUCCCAAAGCUACGUGAAGCUACAUAAUAACUCACUCUGUAAUCAUUUAACCGUUGAUUGUGGAAGUCAGCUGUAUUAUAGAACUGGUGAUUACGGUCGAAGGCUUUCUAGUGGUGAUUUGAUUUUUAUUGGGAGAAGGGAUCGAACUGUUAAACUCAAUGGACAACGUAUGGCCCUUGAAGAGAUUGAAACAACUCUAGUACUAAAUCCAUAUAUUACUGAGGCUGUUGUUAUAUAUAACAGAGAUCAGACAGAGCUUGCUUCACUUGAUGCCUUUUUAGUACUGAACAAGGAAGCCAAGCCUGAUGAAGAUGUCAUAUAUUCUAUCAGAAAUUGGAUAAGCGAUAAACUUCCCUCGGUGAUGAUUCCUAACCAUUUUGUUUUGGUGGAGUCAUUGCCAAGUACUUCAAGUGGGAAAGUUGAUUAUGAAGCACUAGCUAGGUUGAAAUGUCCUAGAACUUAUGGUCAAGAUAUGAUGCAUACCAAUGAAACUAAUAGUCUACUGGAUACUAUUAAAAAGGCCAUUUGUGAUGCUUUAAUGGUCAAAGAAGUUUCAGACGAUGAUGAUUUCUUUGCCAUUGGUGGAGACUCUCUAGCCGCAGCGCAUCUUUCUCAUAGUCUUGGUAUUGAUAUGAGAUUGAUCUACCAAUUCCGAAGUCCGUCCAAGCUUGUGAUCUGUAUAUCCGAGAAGAAAGGAAAGCUAAGAGAAGAUAUGCAACACAACACCAUUCAGAAGCCAGACCACAAGACAGAGAGUCAGAAUAGUAAUGAGUUGGUUAGUAGACCUUCUCCAUUUCACUAUGGUGUUACAUCAGAGCCGACACCUUCAAGAAUGCAGUGUGAGAAGAAUGUCUCUGCAAAGCGAUUGAAAAUUGAUUCAGAACAGUUUUCUUCCAAAAGCAUGAAAGAUAAAAUAUCAUGGGAUUCAGGAUAUUCUAAAAUGCAUUGUGCAUUCAGUCGGUGCAACAAGGUACAUUAUCCAAACUCGUGUAGUAACGAAGGGGGAAACCGAGGAAACUGGUCGGUGGAGUUUCCAAGGAACCAAAUAGUCUCUAUACAAGAGCUAUGGAAAGUUCAUAUGGAGUCUUGUGUAGAUGCCUCGCCCCUGGUUGUGUUGAAGCAUUCUAAAACGUAUCUAUUUAUUGGGUCUCACUCACGGAAAUUUGUCUGCAUCGAUGCAAAAAGUGGUUCGAUCUGUUGGGAGACCAUUUUAGAAGGAAGGAUCGAAGGUUCAGCCAUGGUAGUUGGUGACUUCUCUCAGGUCGUUAUUGGAUGCUACAAAGGAAAAUUAUAUUUCUUAGAUUUCCUAACUGGAAGCUUAUCUUGGACAUUCCAAGCAGGUGGUGAGAUAAAGUGCCAACCUGUGGUGCACACAUCUUCACAACUGAUAUGGUGCGGAUCACAUGACCACACUCUUUAUGCCCUUGACUAUAGGAGCCAACGCUGUGUUUAUAAGCUGCAAUGUGGUGGGAGCAUAUUUGCAUCACCUGUAAUUGAUGAGGGUCAUAGUUCACUUUAUGUGGCAUCUACAAGUGGCCGCGUGACAGCUGUAUCAAUAAAGGAUUUACCAUUCCACACCUUGUGGGAACUUGAACUAGAGGCACCGAUUUUUGGUUCCCUGUCCAUUAUCCCGUCAAGCCGAAACGUUAUUUGCUGCUUAGUUGAUGGCCAAGUUGUCGCAAUGAGCCCGUCUGGAACUAUUAUUUGGAAGUUGUCAAACUACUCAGUUAUUACGUUGAUGCAGUAUAGGACUAGCGGGCCAAUAUUUGCUGGGCCUUGCAUGUCACAUGUGCUUCCUUCUCAGGUGCUCGUGUGCUGUAGAAAUGGAAGAGUUUAUUCACUAGAAUCGGAGUCUGGGUGUCAUUUGUGGGAAUACAAUAUCGGUGACCCAAUCACGGCAUCUGCGUACAUCGAUGAAAAUCUGCAUUUUGAAUCGCAUCAACUCCUUGGAACAGACAGGUUGGUGUCUGUAUGCUCUAGCUCGGGAAGAGUUCAUGUCCUUCGCGUGAGACCUAGUCUCAGCAAAGAUUCACGUGAAUCAAAAGUAGGAGAAAUAGCGAAGUUGGAGUUGCAGGCAGAUAUUUUCUCUUCACCAGUGAUGAUUGGUGGCCGGAUUUUUUUUGGCUGUCGUGACGACUAUGUGCAUUGCCUCACUCUUGAGAGUUGCAGGUAGAAGAGGUUACACCUCAUUUUGAAAUGUUAAUCGUGGAAGUUUUGAGUUUUUUUUGAGGUUACACCUUAUAUAUAUUAUUAAAACAAGAAAACUUUACAUACAGUACAUUUUUACAAUAACCAACGAACAACACAAGGAGCAUUUUGUAUUCUAGCUCUAUUAGCUAAGUCAUUAGCUUGGUGAUUAUUUGAACGAGCUAUAUGUUUAAACUUGUAGUCUUUCUCUUCUAUCAACCUCAUUAAAUCAUCCAGAUGAGUUUGAAUAUCCCC